CGUCGCACACUCCAUCGCUCCCCAUACAGCGGACACCUCUGAAAGAGCCUUUUGUGACUCUCUCUCCCUCUCUCUCACUAAUCCAUCGCCGGAGAUCAGAAUAUCGCCGGGGAAAUGAAUUUUCCGGCGAUCACAUAUUUCACAACUACAAAAAAUGCUCGUCUCCCUGAUCAUCGCAGCCAUGUCUUCCACGAAAAAUCUUAAGCCAAGAAAACCGAUCUUCGGCUAAUUUGCAGUCCAAAAGUUAUUCGAUUAUCUAACUUGAGUUUUUUUUUUUCUUUCUUUCUUUUCUUGCCAUGCUCGAUAGAGCAAGGUAUCCGAUUCCGCUUGCAAGAUAAUUUUGGUAGAUUUUAGAUAUUUUUCGUGUUUUUAUGGCCGGAAUGACUUUUUUUGAUCGGAGUUCGGUGUUCCUCUUGAUAAAUGAGGACUGAUCGGAAAAAGCAGUGUUUGGCUGCUGUAGAGAGUUUUGGAAGCGUUUAUAGAGCAGGUAGAUUGGAAAUGUGCAUGAAUUUGUUUGUGAGGGCCGUUGCAUAACUUGCAUUGAUUUUACUGCUUCGUUUCUGGUUCAUGUAUUUGAAAUCAGUCAUUGAAUGGUCACUGUGUGAAUCUGUGACUUUAGACGGGAAUCCAGGUUUUUAAGGUCUGAAUAAUGGAGCAGAACUGACACUGGUGCUUCAACCGAGUAUAAUUAGCAAACUUCCAAUUCAUCUCUGAUCUGUUCUUAGGUUUUCGUCACUCUCUUUCAUUGUCUUCAGAGUUUUGCCUUUCCCUAUGAAGAUCCAGCCAAUCGAUUCCGAUUAUCAGCAGCAGUUCCGACCCGAACCAGCUAAACCUGUGUUGAAAUCUCGGCUCAAGAGGCUUUUUGACCGGCAAUUUCGAGUUUCCUCGGCGGACAAGCCCGGUGUUGGUGAUCAAACACAGUAUGGCAAAGAUGGAACAGCUACGCACGAGUUCGAGCCGAGCUCUGUCUGCUUGGCAAAAAUGGUACAGAACUACAUCGAAGAAAGCAACGAGAAGCAGCUUCGAGGCCGCAAUCGCUGCAAUUGUUUCAAUGGGAACGGCAACGACAGCUCCGAUGAUGAAUUUGAUGCAUUUGGCGAGUCCAUCAACGGCGGAUCAUCUGGUGAUGCCUGCGAGUUACUCAAGACUUUAAUUCCUUGCCCAAGUGUAGUCGAGAGAAACCUGUUAGCAGAUACUGCGAUGAUCGUGGAGAAGAACAAGAAUCAAAAGCGAAAAGACGAUUUGAGAAAGAUCGUAGUCGACGACCUUUUCUCUCUCGGUUACGAUUCCUCGAUUUGCAAAUCAAAAUGGGAUAAAUCCCCUUCUUUUCCUGCAGGUGAAUACGAAUAUAUUGAUGUGAUCGUGGAAGGGGAGAGAUUGUUGGUAGACAUUGAUUUUCGAUCGGAGUUUGAAAUAGCCCGAUCGACUGGUUCUUACGAUGGGACGCUGCAAUCGGUGCCCUACAUCUUCGUCGGGAAAGCGGACCGGUUAGGGCAGAUAGUAUCGAUCGUGUCUGAGGCAGCCAAACAGAGCCUCAAGAAGAAGGGAAUGCACUUCCCUCCCUGGAGAAAAGCUGAGUACAUACGUGCCAAAUGGUUGUCUCCCUACACCAGAGGCUCCCAAAACGACGCCGCAGUUGUGGAAGACCCUGAAGUCGAAAUCCAUGAAUCUCCAUUUUUCGAAAACGAGACUGCCAUCUCCGAGGACACAAAAACUGAAAUCCAGGAGAAGAAGGCGGCGAGUGAGUGCGGAGAACUGGACCUGAUAUUCGGAGAGGUAUCGGAAACCGAAGCGGAAGUGACGAAAACUUCUGAGUCAUCUUCGUCGGUGAAAAAUUACUGCGAGUGGCAGCCGCCGACUGUGAAACCAAGGAGUUGUGACAGAAGCGCCAGAAUAGUCACCGGAUUAGCUUCUCUUUUCAAAGAGAAACCCUGAAAAAAAUUUUGGAUAUUUUUUUUUCAAUUUUCAGGUAUAAAAAAUAUAUUAUUAUUAUCGGAUAAUAUGGUACAAAAAUCUUUUUUUUUUUUCCUUUUUUGUGCAAGGGCCCGUUAUUAUUGUAACUAAUGUUAUUAUUGUAACUAAAGAGGCAGCAAGUCUAUUAUAAAUAAAUUCUCCUAUGAAUACA